GGUGUGUUUGGUCAAAGUCAGAAAGCUCUUAGUGGCAGAACUGGAACUGAAACUCUUUAGGCUGGUGUUUUCCAUUCUUCCUCACGGGUGAUUUACUGUUAGCUUAGAAAAUAAUAGAAUGUAAAAUGUUUCACUUUUACAGUGGAUUCAUUUCAUAUCCCUUGCUAUGUUUUUAUCCUGAUAAUUACAGGCUUUGUCAAGGCUCAGGUUUAAAAUUUACAGGCAGUGAAUUGGUUCCGCCUGUCUGGAAGGCCAUGGAGAAGAGGCUGGGAGUCAAGCCAAGCCCUGCUUCCUGGAUUUUAUUGGGAUUUUGUUGGCAGAUAUCCGUGAAAUGGUUGAGAAGCCUAUACCUGUUUUAUACUUGCUUCUGCUUCAGUGCUCUGUGGUUGUCAACAGAUGCCAGUGAAAGCAGGUGCCAGCAGGCAAAGACAGAAUUUGGAGUUGGCCUGAGAUCUGGGGGAGAAAAUCACCUCCAGCUUCUUGAAGGAACCUCCUCUCUGCAAUUUUGUUGGGCUGCCUGCUGCCAGGACCCUGCCUGUCAUGCCUUUUGGUGGUUAGAAGGGAUGUGCAUUCAGGCAGACUGCAGCAGGCCCCAGAGCUGCCGCACUUUCAGGACCGACUCUUCCAAUUCCAUGCUGGUGUUUUUAAAAAAAUUCCAAACUGCAGAUGAUUUGGGCUUUCCCCCUGAAGAUGAUGUACCACAUAUUCUGGGGCUAGGUUGGAGCAGGACAUCUUGGAGGAGACAGAGUGCAUCCAGAGCUCCACUCAGACCCACUGUAUCUUCCGGUGGCCAUCAUAGCUUAACCAGGAAGCUUUGGAAGAGAGAUAGUCCCAGUGAAGAAGUAACUACACAUGCAGUGACACAGCAUGAAAUGAAUGACUCCAAGGAAGUAGGUCGUCUGAACACCAGCGGUUCUGCAGAGGUCCACAAGGCAGUUAUAAUUUCCAGUCCCUUAACCCCAGUCCUGGCUGCGGAGAUUCCUGGUUGGUCAAAGAAUGUGUCAGUCCAACCUGAGACAUCAGAGGAUCCUGGUACUACACCUAGCACUCAGCAAGUAAAAAGCCUUGGGAAAAUCCAGAUUUCUACCCCUCUGCCAGUGGCUCCUUCCUACAGUUAUGCUACCCCUAACCCCCAGGCCUCUUUCCAGAGCACCUCAGCACCAUACCCAGUUAUGAAGGAACUGGUGGUAUCUGCUGGAAAGAGUGUCCAGAUUACCCUGCCUAAGAAUGAAGUUCAGUUAAAUGCAUAUGUUCUCCAAGAACCACUUGAAGGAGAAACCUACACCUACGACUGGCAGCUGAUUACUCAUCCUAAAGACUACAGUGGAGAGAUGGAAGGGAAACAUUCUCAGAUCCUCAAACUGUCCAAGCUUACUCCAGGCUUAUAUGAAUUCAAAGUGAUUGUAGACGGUCAAAAUGCCCAUGGGGAAGGCUAUGUGAACGUGACAGUAAAACCAGAGCCCCGGAAGAAUCAGCCUCCUGUUGCCAUUGUGUCGCCACAGUUCCAGGAGAUCUCUCUGCCAACCACUUCUACAGUCAUUGAUGGCAGCCAAAGCACUGAUGAUGAUAAAAUCGUCCAAUACCAUUGGGAGGAGCUUAAGGGACCUCUGAGAGAAGAGAAGAUUUCUGAAGACACGGCCAUAUUAAAACUAAGUAAGCUCGUCCCUGGGAACUACACUUUCAGCUUGACGGUGGUGGACUCUGACGGAGCAAGCAGCUCUACCACUGCAAGUUUGACGGUGAACAAAGCGGUGGAUUACCCCCCUGUGGCCAAUGCAGGCCCCAACCAAGUGAUCACCCUGCCCCAAAACUCCAUCACCCUCUUUGGGAACCAGAGCACUGAUGACCAUGGCAUCACCAGCUAUGAGUGGUCACUCAGCCCGAGCAGCAAGGGGAAAGUGGUGGAGAUGCAGGGGGUUAGAACCCCAACCCUGCAGCUCUCUGCCAUGCAAGAAGGAGACUAUACUUACCAGCUCACAGUGACGGACACCAUUGGACAGCAGGCUACCGCCCAGGUGACUGUCAUCGUGCAGCCUGAAAACAACAAGCCUCCACAGGCAGAUGCAGGCCCAGAUAAAGAGCUGACCCUUCCGGUGGACAGCACAACCCUGGAUGGCAGCAAAAGCUCUGAUGAUCAGAAAAUUAUCUCCUAUCUCUGGGAGAAAACACAGGGACCUGAUGGCGUGCAGCUUGAGAAUGCUAACAGCAGUGUCGCCACUGUGACGGGGCUCCAAGUAGGAACCUAUGUGUUCACCUUGACUGUCAAAGAUGAGAGAAACUUGCAAAGCCAAAGUUCUGUGAAUGUCAUUGUCAAAGAAGAAAUGAACAAACCGCCUGUAGCCAAGAUAACUGGGAAUGUAGUGAUUACCUUGCCCACGGACACAGCAGAGCUGGAUGGCUCCAAGUCCUCAGAUGACAAGGGAAUAGUCAGCUACCUCUGGACCCGAGAUGAAGGGAGCCCAGCGGCAGGGGAGGUGCUAAAUCACUCUGACCACCACCCAAUCCUCUUUCUUUCGAACCUGGUUGAGGGCACCUACACAUUUCACCUGCACGUGACUGAUGCGAAGGGGGAGAGUGACAUGGAUCGGACUACCGUGGAGGUGAAGCCUGAUCCCAGGAAAAACCACCUGGUGGAGAUCAUCUUGGAUGUCAACGUCAGUCAGCUAACUGAGAGGCUGAAAGGGAUGUUCAUCCGCCAGAUUGGAGUCCUCCUGGGGGUGCUGGAUUCCGACAUCAUUGUGCAAAAGAUUCAGCCAUACACGGAGCAGAGCACCAAGAUGGUAUUUUUUGUUCAAAACGAGCCUCCCCACCAGAUCUUCAAAGGCCAUGAAGUGGCAGCGAUGCUCAAGAGUGAGCUGCGGAAGCAAAAAGCAGACUUUCUGAUAUUCAGAGCUCUGGAAAUCAAUACUGUCACGUGCCAGUUGAACUGUUCUGACCAUGGCCACUGUGAUUCGUUCACCAAACGCUGUAUCUGCGACCCUUUCUGGAUGGAGAACUUCAUCAAGGUGCAGCUGAGGGAUGGAGACAGCAACUGUGAGUGGAGCGUGUUGUAUGUUAUCAUUGCUUCCUUUGUCAUUGUUGUUGCCCUGGGAAUCCUGUCCUGGACGGUGAUCUGUUGUUGUAAGAGGCAGAAAGGAAAACCCAAGAGGAAAAGCAAGUACAAGAUCCUGGAUGCCACAGAUCAAGAGAGUCUGGAACUGAAGCCAACCUCCCGAGCAGCUGUUCGUUCUGGAAAAGCGUUUUGUCUAUUGCUUGAUGAAGGUGGAGGGCUGACCUGGCACCACCCUGGCAGAAGCCGUGUGCUGGAUGAGCUCUGAGCUGGGGCCGCUUCUCAGGAUUGCUUCACUUUGCUGAGGGACUCAGCCUCUUGCUCUUGUUGGCCAGUUCAUUUGCCUCAGGGUUCCCUCCUGGCUUUCAGCUUCUCAAGCUGCCUCCAGUAGUCAGGCCUAGGGACCUGGGUCUCUUAGGCCUUAACUAGUCUGUCCUGUCUGGGCAGACAAUAAGGUGGGACAGCUCUCCAGAUGUCCUCCUCCGUGGGCCUUCCUCUCCCAUCUUCCUCUAGCCAGUAUUUGGCAGACGCACAGGCUCUGCUGCUGUCCCGCAGCAGGCGGGAGGGCAGCUUGCCUGCUGGCUCCGGUGUGCGGGGGCCCAUCUGUCCGGUGCCUCCCACCCAAGAAUCACCAACUGCGCCAGCUUUGAGGUGGCUUCGGUGAGGGUGUGGGCAGGGGCGCCCUUCCUUGGCCUGGUGUCGCCGGCAAGGUUUCCGUGCACCGAGGCCCUGGUAGGCAUCGAGUAUCUGUGGGCUUCUAGAGCUAUUCCUAAACACUUGGCAAGCAGAACUGUUCUUAGACAAAGUACGAAACAGCACUCAUAGUCAAAGCUUUGUAUUAGGAGAGGCGGAAGGGGAGUACAAAGCGUUCUAAGACACAAGCUCUGCCCUCGGCAUUCCAGGCUACAGAGGGAGCAAAGGCACAUCAGAAGAAAACAAAUGCUCUGAGGUGGUCUGGGCCUGCACCUGGGCAGCUGGAUUCGGGAAGUCUGCGGGGUGGCACCGGGAGGAGGUGUGGGGCUCCUUAGGCAGGAGAGGGGUCUGGGGGUAAAAACAUGCACAGUCCACCCUAAACAUAGCAGCCAAGGUUGUUUUCACAUGACUCCCAAAGUUUCUCCACCCCUUGAAAUCCUUCAGUGGCUGACUUUGGGUCUGGCCGACGUGGCCUUGGGUGACCUUUCAUCUGUUUGCUUCUCUGAGAUCUUCCUCCUUGUUGACCUCUCUCUUCCUCAGCGAGUUCUGCUGGUUCAUAUUUCUGUCCAGAAAGCUCCUUCUCAUCCCUCCCUUAACCUGCUCACGUUGUGCUCAUCUCUCUGCCACGUGUCUGUUUUGGCAUUUCUCUCCCUGUAUUAUACUAGUUAUGUGCGUGUCCCCUUACCAGUCAGUGAAAUCGCUGAGGGCAGGGACUGUGUCUUACUCCUUAGUGCCCGUGGAUUGAGACCACUGUGUGCCAGGCCCUCUGCCAGACACUGGGGACGUUACGGUGAGCUCACCACAGACUGCUCCUGUGCAGCUUCUCCCAGACAGACACGAAACACAUGGACUCACAGCUGUACAGAAUGUGGUAAUAAAAGGUCUUCACAGGAACAUAAAGAACGCUUGAACUGAGACUCAAGGGAGGAGUAGGCGUUAGCCACACAAGGACUCUGAGAAAGAGCAGUCCAGGCAAAGGAGCAGAGUUGGUAAAGGCCCAGCUGGUGGAAGGAGCGGAGGGCAUCUGACGAAGGAGAAGGGAACCUACUGGACAUGGCGAGCACAGGGUCAGUGCUGCGCAGGUGAGCAGGGACCUGGCUAUGUGCUCCCUUCUGAGAGCAAUAGGGAGCCCCGGGCAACUUUUUAAGGAGGUAAAUGAUCUGUUUGACUUCUGUCUUUAAAAACCCUGACUGCUAUGUGAGGGAACUGGAGAGGCAAGAAUGGGUGAAAGGAUUCGAUAGAAAGUCCUAAUGGUGGCGAGGUGAUGACAUAAGGAGAGGCCCAGAGAUUCCAGGUGCCUUUGCAGGGAAGAUGGGAUGCAGUUUGGAGUGUGCUGGCGAAGGGGUGUGGAAGAAAAGCAGACAUGCAGUCUGGUCCCUGAGCUGCUGUUUUGAGAACGUGUGGAUGGGGUGGUACUGGAGAAGAGUAGUGGUUAGUUAGGACCCUUGUGAAUGGGGCUGAGGAAAUGAGGCUGAAAGACUGACAAGGACCAAAGUGUAAAAGCACUGAAAAUCAGCCAAAGGAGGUAAGAAUUCUGAUGGUGAUAAGUGUCAUCUUGAACGUGCUGGCUUAGGAAAAUCAGUCUAGUGGACGCCAGCAGGGAGAUUUUUGCAGUGGUCUAAGAGGGAGGUGACGAUGGCUCAACCAGCAUGGGGUAAAGAGGAUGGAGGAACAGUAAAGAUCAGGGCUGACUUCUGACCUGAGGGACAGAGAAUGACUCCAUAGACAGAAUUAAGGCAUUGGAGCAGUGAUAGCUUGGGUAAGAAAAGAUGAAUUUAGUUGAACUCAGUAGAAUGGUUGAACUGCCAAGCAUCAAUGUAGGAAUCUUCUAGAUACUCAUGAGGGUCAACACAAAAGUGGGUCACAUCCCUUCUGGGAAGGAUACUGAGGGACAAAAGAGGAGUCCAGAACUGAAGAGCCCGAGAAGGACCAUCAGUGAGGGAGGGGGGCAUCAUUAGGGAAUGGACAGGAGUGUCUGCUGCUGCAGAAGACAGAAUGUUUCCACGAUCACUGAAGAAGUUUCUGGUCAUCUAAAGAGCUGGAGGUAGGAUGGGGACUGGCAGCAGAAGACAAAUGCAGAUUGUUCAGGCAGUGAGUCCGUGGUGAGGAAAUGGACUGUGACUAUUGAGAAGUCCUUUACGAAUGGAGCAGUAAGUUGUGGAGAAGCAGAGUGGGGCUGGAGGGCAAGGUUGCAGGCAGAAAUGAAGAUAGAGGUGAGGCUCCAGAGGAGGAGAGAGGGAGUGGGGGGAAAGGAGAGGGUGCGGGAUACAGGGAGUUGCUUUGGCAAGACAGCGUGGAGGGAAAGGCUGGGGGAGGGCAUGAGAAAGUGCUGCAUUGGAGGGGCAACAUGCAAAGGAGGCAGAUGUCCAGUGAAAAGGGGUUGUGGCAAGGGAAAGCCCCACGGUGGCCAGUUGCAUCUGGUCACCAGGGUGAAACCAGAGGACAGCCAGGAGGGCCCUUCUGUGCAGAAAGUGUGUAGCUGAGGCAGCAGUGAGAGUCCCUGGGCAUUUAGGCUUAUGCAGCUGACCAGGCUGAAGCCCCGCUCUCAUCCUAGACUUGGCCCAUGAGUGGGUGCAACCCAGAGUAGAGCCACUAGCAGGACAGGGAGAAUGGGAUUCGGGCCUGUCAGCAUAAGGCUUAGAAUGGGAGUUCUUCAGCCUGAAGCGUGGGUUUAGCAGGCCAUUUGGUGUGUGGAGGUAAGCGGGCAUCGACCCUGUCUGGCGGGACCCAGGCUGAGCUUGCACGAGGGGUCUUUGGGGAGCUGCAGCGCCGAAGGCCACCAGGCAGGGCCUGAGGGAUGACCACCCUCAGAAGACCUGGUUUACAUUCAGCAACUGUGGUUCUGGGGUUUGUUUCGCUACUUUAUUGACUUUUCAAAGCUUUCUAUUGAGUAUAUUAGAUUGAACCAUAUAAAAUUACGGGUAUUUGACUCUCUGACCUUUAAAAAUGGUGGUUUUUUUGUUUUUGUUUUUUUUUUGUUCUUUUUUGUGGUUCAGUCUAACGUACAGAAGAUCAUAAGGACAGCUUGAUGGGUUUCGAUAAGUGAACAUACCCAAAUAAUCCACCCCCUUUCUUUCCAGUCACUGCGUUCCCCCUGCCAACUUCCUUCUGCCAUCUUGGAGUGGUUUACAUAAAUGGAGUCACUACAUUUGGCCCCUUCCACUCACCA